CGCCUCCCUAGUACACCAAGCAGGCUUUACCAAUGCGUGUUGACGGAGACUCAUGUCCAUCAAUGCCGUACUUCUCAUAAGUUUCGACGAGCAUCUUUAUUGAGGUACUUGGUGAUUAGUUGUCGUUUGACGCAUUUGGUGCGAUAGGCACCACCUUGGGCUCGGUGCUGAGUGGGAAUCGUUGGAAGACAGAACCUCGGCUAUAUGAUAACAUUCCUGGCAUGAUCGGCACCUCUGGACACGAUUUACCAACAGGGUCGGGGACCGUACCGCGGCAGGACGAGCCGCGGUCUCAGUCUGACGACGUGCCGACAUCAACGACAGCGUCGCAACCUACCUCAGCGUCCGUCCGACCUUCCACUCUUCCCGCUUUGCCGCCUUUGGAACAGCCGCAGCAGCCUUCGUCUCCGACGGGUAGUAUCCAAACCGGCCUCUCUCAAACAAUCAGUUCAAUAAACGAUCGUCAGAACCCAAGUAUACCUGCUUCGAAGGAGAAUUCGAGUUCUUGCCCAAGCAUGACUCGUGAUGGCUCGUCCUCCAGAUCGGAGAGUCCCAAAGAUUAUUGCAUAUUGACGGAAGGGGACUUGCUGUGUUUGCAAUCUCAGUGGCCUUUCAGCCGGCACGGAGGCGCGACUUUGGAAAGAAUACUUACAGUUCCGAGCAACCUUCAUGCACUGACAAAAGAUGAGCUCGUCGAGCUUAUCAAGUACGUCAACUCGGUAAAAGGUUGCCGUAUCAGACGAACUGGCCGAAAAUGCGAUCUCGCCGAUCGCUUGCGAAAUACUCUAUUUCCGCCUCGGUCGCCGAUCACAACCUCCUAUGCUUCCCGCUCGUCUAAUUCAUAUGGCAAGAACGUCCAAAGGACCAUAAUAUAUCCCCCCACCGCAGCAUUGUUAGAAAACGCCUGGAGUAAACUUCGUAGCUCAUACCACAUGGAAAAUGAGCUUGUCGCAGAAGUCAUAUCUCGUCAAUUUGAGCAUCCAAAGAAAGAAGUGGGGACCGCAGAGAUGACUAUCGAUUUUGAUAGCUAUGACUCCCCUGUAUGGAAAUCAAGCCUGAAGGAUCCUAAUUAUCGAUUCUUGCUUCAUAUUUUUUCGGACCAAGCUCGGGGAUUUCUAACGGAAGCCACUUUACGACGGGUCUUUAAAGUCAUGGUGAAUGACUUUACCGUUCCAGCAUUUAUUGGACACGAAGCCCAGCAGUACUUGGAUAUCACGGUACAGAUGCAGGCCAACAUUGCACAGUCCAAAUUCAGGAUUCAUAUUACCGGGCCAGCACUCUGGUGGCAAGCUGGUAUUGUAUCACUAGUCUGCGUUAAGAGUGUGCCACCCGAAGAGGGUGUGAGUAGAGUUUACGGCCAGACUCUCAAAGCAUGGGGUGUCGAAGAUAUACCCAUGACGGAAUGUCAACCUGGAUUUUCUUCAUUUCGACGGCUGCAUUUUGAUUCCCUACAGGUUGCUAGCAGACUGUUUGCGGAGAAAGCCCUCUCGAGACUAGAUGAUACGAAAAGUAUGGGUAGAGAUGGCGAUGACGACGAUAUUCAGAUGGGGAAUCAGAUCAUCACGUUCAAGUGUCCUUUGACACUAGUAAGGAUAAAGGUGCCUGUUAAAAGUAAGAAAUGUCGUCACCGACAAUGCUUUGAUUGCGAGGCAUUCUUGACCCUCAAUCAAAACCCUGGCAGCAAAUGGAAAUGUCCUGUUUGUGGAAAGCCAGUAGACCCUGGGGACCUGCUGGUCGACGCACCCUUUGCAUGCCUCCUAUCAAAAUAUGCUAAUGCAGAUCGCUGCAUCAUCCUACCCAAUGGAAACGACACGGCAUUUGACGAAACGUCACAGGAAGAGCGGGCACCAGCACAGAUCCCACAAGAACGGACACUCAAACGAAAAUUAAGCCAUCUCGAGGACGAUACGGUUAUUGAGUUGGGAUCUGAUAAUGAAGCGCAGGGUCGUGAAAAACGGCCAAGGGCAACCUCACCCCCUUGCAGCACCUCAGUCAGCUCCCCCAAAGUCCAUGUCCAGAUCUUUUCGCCGCAAAAAAAGGUUCCUGGAUUACCUGAAUGGAGUGGGACGAUUAUUGAAUUAGAUUAAAGUAGCGGAAAUGUAUAAUGAGAUGGAGGAGGGAAAUGGAGGAGGGAAUGGGAUAGCCUGUUAUUGCACAUUUCGUGUAGAUAGUUUUCAUUGUUGCUGAUUUCUAACAAGUUCCCGUGAACUUUUGAUUUGAAAUUAUGCAACCCAGCUGAACAAAUAAAAGUUACCUUUAGAUUCUCA